AUGACAAACAUGAAAUCGAUAUUUAUUUUGGCAAUUGCAACUUUUGGAAUGGUGACAAUUAAGCCUAUUGAAGCACAGCAAGAAGAUGUGUUAAACUUUUGGUUAGCCUUUGCUGAAUUACUUACUGAAGAUGUUCUGACAGAGAUUAGCAAAAUUCAAUUGCCACAAAUUCAAGCUCCUACUGUAAAUCUGCCGAAUAUUCCUGAUUUGAACUUGCCAAAUCUUCCUGAUUUUACUGGAGAUCCCAUUGUAAUAGAAAUUCCUUCAACCAUAAAUAUUCCUCCAUUUAUUGGACCUCCCUCUACAUUACCUCCAACAUCACCUCCAUCGCCACCUUCAAAACCAGGUAGCAUCAUUCAAUUACCCAAUGGAUGGUUUCAAAUCAUCAGCGACGUAAUCGAUGAUAUAAAAAAUCCAGGCCCAAAUCCAACAACACCAAAACCUGAAACUACUACACCGUGUGCCAACGGAUGCAAACCAGACAAGGUCAAAAUUAUUGUCAUUGACGAUUGUGACGAGAGAAAAGGAUCAGAAAGCGAUGAAGAGACGUCUGAUGAAGUCGACAUUAUUGUUCCAUACGAAAGAAAAGGACGAUACAAUUACAAGAAGUACAACAAGAAAUAA